UAUUUGCUUUCGACACCCUUCGGGUCAUUCUGUCCUCUCCAUAUAUAUACACGAAACGAGACCCUAAGAAACAGGCCAACUCCUCAUAGACAAGAAAAUAGAAAUGCACAAAUACAGAUCCUCCUUUGGAACAAUCCUUUCAAAGCAACCCAGGAAGUUGAGAAGGCCGCAUCAAUUGUGGAGUCUAUCAUCCCUCUUCCUAUCAGCGCAUUCAACAUGCCAAAAACGAGGUCUGUUGACUCAGAGUUACACCCGGGGGCCGUCAGAGGGGAAUUGAACAUGUAUCCAGCCCCCACUCAUUGAAUCCACUGUCGGAGAGCACUUUGCCCACAUUGUCCAGCAAUACGGCGAUAGGACAGCUGUCGUCUCCACGCAUCAGAAUCAAAGGCUCACAUACGCCUUGCUAGACGCCAGGAGCAACGCGCUGGCAAGAGGGCUGGAGUCUGUGGGGGUCCACAAGGAAGAUAGAGUGGGAGUUAUGCUUGGGAAUUCUAUUGAAUAUGCAAUUUUGACCUACGCAUUGUUCAAACUGGGGGCUAUACUCGUCCCCCUUAACCCGUCCUUUAACGCAACUCAAGUCGCCGCGGGCCUCAGCCAUCUAGGAGCCAGCCAUCUCAUUCUGAGCGCCGAAUCAAACCUCCCACGAAAAGCCCCCAGAAGCAAUAUCACCCUCCUUAGUCACCUUGUACAGGAUCUGUCAGGAUCGAAACUAGAAUCCGAAGUUGUACCGACGCUGAGGAGUAUAAUCCUCGUUGAUAACUCGCAAGGCCGCGUCAACACCGAUUCAUUCAGAACCCUAACGCCGUACUCAUCCAUCAUAUCCGAACAUGACCAUUCCGAAGACACUCGCCCACUGCCCCCGAGAAACCUCUCGCCAGACGAAAUCGUAAACAUCCAAUUCACAUCCGGCACAACAGCCAUGCCGAAAGCAGCCUGUCUCAGCCACCGUUCCAUCCUCAACAACGGCGCCCAGAUAGGUGACCGCAUGCAUCUCACACCAGAGGACAUCAUCUGCUGUCCUCCGCCGCUCUUCCACUGCUUCGGUUGUAUCCUGGGGUACAUGGCGACAGCGACUCACGGCUCAUCAAUUGUGUUUCCAUCGGAGUCAUUCAACGCCAUCGCAGCAUUGAAAGCCGUCCAGGAGGAGAAAUGCACCGCCCUCUACGGCGUGCCCACCAUGUUUAUCGAAGAGCUCAACUUACUCCAGAACGGCGAUGUAUCGAAUGAUGGAUUCCAGUAUCUCCGUACCGGCAUCGCGGCGGGGAGUAGUAUCCCAGCGGAGCUGAUGAAGAAACUGCAUCAUACACUCAACCUGACGGAAUUGACUAUCUGCUACGGUAUGACAGAGACUAGCCCCGUGUCCGCUAUGACGACGACGGAUGACCCGAUGGAUAAACGGGUCAACACAGUUGGACGGCUCAUGCCGCAUGUUGAGGCUAAGAUUGUCAAUCCGCAUAAACGCAGUGAAAUCUUACCGGUCAACACACCGGGAGAGCUGGCUGUUACGGGAUACUUGCUUAUGAAGAGCUACUGGGACGAUCCUGAAAGGACAGCGGAGGUGAUGCUAGCAGAUGAAGAUGGGAAGAUCUGGAUGCAUACAGGCGACGAAGCCUCCAUGUCCCCAGACGGCUACAUCUCGAUAACCGGUCGAAUCAAAGACCUCAUCAUCCGGGGCGGCGAGAAUAUCCAUCCCCUGGAGAUCGAGAAUUGCCUCCUAUCCCACCCAGAGGUAUCAGAAGUAUCCGUUGUCGGUGUCCCAGAUGAACGAUACGGUGAAGCCGUCGCUGCUUUCGUGGUGCCCCUUGACGCUGCGCUGCAUCAUGGAGGAGAGGAGGGAAAACACAGAACCGCAAUCACGGCACAGCAAAUCAGGGAAUGGGUGAGGGAGAAAUUGAGCAAUCAUCUUGUCCCCAAAUACGUUUUCUUCCUUUCAGAUUCGAGCUUAUUUCCCAAGACUGCAAGUGGAAAGAUUCAAAAAUUCAAGCUAGAGAAGACGGCAAUUAAACUACUCAAAGAUGGUAGCGAUCCUCUAUCCAUUCCGUGA